UGCUUUAUGGCUGACAGGCGUCAAGUAUCCCGUUUAAGGAGACGACAAGGGACUUCGCCUUUUUCCAUUUGUAUUCAACCAUCUUCAACCUCAACGUCUUGAUCCUUUUUUUGGGUGUGGGGUCGCAGUAGAACCUCAGCACGUCCUCCCACCGUCAUACUAUACGCGUUCAACGCUAUUUGCGGUCCGAAGGGUGGGAGCAUUAAUCGAUAUAACCCACAUCCUGCGUCUUCCGGAUCGCGGCUUCUAGCUUUACCCCUCCCUCACAUUAUUUUAUCAUGCAACCGAAUCGGUAUCCUCCCUACCAGCCCAAGGGUUCUGGGAUGCCUGCGACCAUGGACAACCAGCCCUCAGUUGUCAACUUCGGCGAGCCAUAUGCCUCGAGCGCGGGGCGACCGUCCACAGCACGACAAGAUACGACUUAUUCCAAAUACUCCAUGAUGUCGAUGCCGCCCGAGGGUUCCAUUCUGACGGGGAAACAAGAGCAUUAUCUGAAGCGCGAACUCAUCUCCCAGCAGACCAACUUUGAGAUCGCCGAGCUCUCGACUCCCACGGCUCUGAAGCGCUUCGGCGCACCCUUCCACUCAGAUGCGGGCGAGGUUGCGCCAGAGGACUCAGAGCUCCCCCUCCUCCGCUACAUAUUCGUACACCAUGUUCGGAACUUUCCCUUCCUGGACAAGGCCAAGGAGAAGGAGUUUUGGCAGGAUAAGCUGCAAGUGUUCCUCGAAUCCUUCGCGAGCAAAGAUAUUUCUUCCUCGGAAGAUCGCCUCGAAGAAACAAAGAGAAAGAAACUGGCGCAAAAGGCAGAGAAGCUGGUCGAGCUCAUGAUGGUUUCAGGCAUCCCUACCGCGUCGGGCUAUGAGGAGAGGAUACGCUUCGCGGAAAUGGAGAUAGUGGACACAAAGGCAAACGAAGAUGGUCUUACCAUGAAUGCGCCUAGUGGGCAUUUUAUCAAUGGCUGGGAUGUCAACGUUGCGGGCGUCAGGACUACGUCAGUGAAGAAGCACCUCCGUUACCACACACAUGCGGAAUACCUCAUCCGAGUCAAGCAAAGCGGUGGUCGAGAUUUCUACGUUGGGCGACGGUACGCGGACUUCGUCCAGCUGCACAAGCGAAUACGUUUGGAGCUGCCGGGCAAGGUGCUACCUCCACUUCCUCGCAAGAACACGAAAGACUCGCUACUUUCAUCGAGUAAAGCCGACGAUGACGAUGUCAGCUCCAUCUCGUCGGGGUCUACACAAGGUCCGCCAGCGGCACCGCCGGAACCACAUGAGACCAGCGGAGGUGGAGGUAUACGGAACUACCUCUUUGGCGGCGGCCACAAGAGAAAUGCCUCGCAACCUUCCUUAGCACGGUCGCGCUCUCCCAGAGCGUCGGGAGAGCAUCAUGCAUAUCACCCACCAGCACGAACGCUCUACCGUGAAGAGCAACGUGUGUCUCUGCGAGCCUUCCUUCGAUCGUUCUUAAAUAACGAAAGAAUCGCGCGGUCAAAUGCAAUGACCACUUUCCUAACGGGGAAUCAUGUCGAUGUAAACGAAGAGGAGUCGGAAGAUAUCGAGAGACGAGAAUACAUGGACGCGAAGCGCAUAGAAGAACAGAGAAAAUUCUACGAAGUGGCGCGGCAACGAGCGGCAGAGCUUGACAUACACAUGGAAAAGUUCCGAAGAGAGAUUGUGGAAAGUAACGGCCUAUCAUCCCUUUUCCAGGAGAUCAGGGUCAAGCGAACCAUUGCAGAGCUCAAGCCCGAGUACCAGAGGUUCUGCGAGUGGCUACGCAUAGAAGUAGCAGCUACCAUCUACCAUCUCUUCCUCGCCGAGGACAACUCGCCAGAACUCUUUGCGCAAGCCAAGCGUAUACAUUCGCUGGUGCCGUAUGGUAUGCUCAAGAACGUUAUCAGGAUUGCCAAUCCUGCUGCUGUCAUGAGCGGAGUACUGGAUCUUUUCCUCGCUCAGCCUUUUGGUUCUCGGUCGCUGCUUCAGCGGAUCUUUGGCAUGGCCAUCAAUGACGGUGUCAAUUCUGUACAAAAGACCAUCGACACGCUUGGAACAACGAAAAUCCAGGACGACGUUCUCUGUGCCAAAAUCAAGGCCUUUGUCCAGGCAGAUGAGAACGUAAAAAACUUGAUACGGCGGGAAGCGAGAGACGAAAAUAUGGAUGUGGUCAUCACAAUAUUGCGCUCCGAGUAUUUCGCGCCCCAACUCGACAGUAAACGAGUGGAGAAAGUGUUCAAUGCUUACGUUGCCUGGAACAACGCUGUCGAAAAUAUUGAUAAAGAACUACGGCAAGGUGCCGAGCUCUUCGCACAUCUGAAGCAGUACCUUAAGCUCUGUCUGAGACAACGGGACAAGCAGAUGAUGCUUCAGAUCAUCGAGGAGCCUACAACCCUCCAGCUCUUCAGAGAUCUCUUCACCAUCUUCUACGAGCCUCUUGUCCGUGUCUACAAAUCGGCAAGUGUCUACAACAGUAUCACCGACUUCGCCAUGUUCGUUGAUGACACCAUCAAAGUAGUCGAAGCCUGCCAACGGCAAGAGGUCUCGGCAGAUCCCAACCAAACAGUGCAAGCCUUCAUUGACCUGUGUGCUCGCCAUGAAGACAACCUCUACAAAUUUGUUCAUGAAGUACAUACCCACGACAAUGGGCUCUUUGACCAGCUCAUGGGCUGGCUCGAGGGUAUCCUUGAGUUCUUGCGCCAUGGACCCCGGAAUGGUAGUAAGCUGGAUAUGAACGCGCUGUUCCAAGGCGGUAUGGACUCGAACAUAGUAGACAGAAAUAAGGCGAUUAGAGAAAUCAACAGCUUAAUCAGAUGGCAAGCGGCGAGGAAGAGGUGGCACCAGGACAAAACAAGGCAGAAGAUGGCGAGUGCCGGGGAUGAGCCUGAUACGAUACCUAACGGGAUGGCUGGAUUCAAGUCGAGUGACUUUGGGCUUAAUGCGCUUGAUCUUCAAGACCUUGAACUCGAUGACGACGGCUCUGACUCGACAGACUCGGAAGAGUACGAUGACGACGAUCUUGACCCUAUCGAAGCAGAACGCAAGAGCCGGGCCCGUGCUGCAGAGAAGCUGCGAAGGAAGGCCGGCGAGCCGAUCAAACCGCCGGUCGUGGAGUUACAGAAACUGGCGCCUGGGUUCGUGACUAUGCUGAGGAGUGUUCUUGCAGAGUAGGAUGAAAAUAAGGUCAUAGUUUGGGGGUGUGAACGCUGGGGUUGUAGGAUUGGGUG